AUGUCUAGAAAUUCUUCUUCUAAUUCUUUGUUUAGACCUUCUAGUGAAGAUAUGGAACGAUCCAUAGAUAAUGUCGAACAGGAACAGAAGUACCAUAAAAGCACUGAACCUGAACAGGCUCCUUUGAGAGCCCCAAGUUUCUCUACAGGAUCUAUCAAUAAUUACAUAAAAACUAGAUUCACAGAAUUGUUACCAACUAAGGAAUACAUGCUAGCCAACAGGGAUUUAUUGAAUCCGUUUCCCGCUAUCAAAGAUAUUCCUGCUAAACAGUGGUUAUUCAUUCUUUCAGGGUUAGCCGCAUGGACAUGGGAUAGUUUUGAUUUCUUUACAGUUUCUCUUAACGUGGACAAAUUAGCCCAAGAUUUGAAUACUGAUGUGAGUCUGAUUACCUGGGGGAUUACUUUAGUUUUAAUGUUGAGAACGGUUGGGGCUUUCAUUUUUGGAUAUCUUGGUGACAAAUAUGGUUCAAAAUGGCCAUUUGUUGCCAAUUUGAUUUUAAUGUGUAUGUUACAAGUUGGUACUGGGUUCAUAGGAACUUUUAAACAGUUUUUAGGAGUUAGGGCAUUAUUUGGUAUUGUUAUGGGGGGAAUAUACGGCAAUGCAACUGCCACAGCUUUAGAUGAUUGUCCAAUACAAGCAAAGGGAUUUAUUUCUGGGGUAUUGCAACAAGGUUAUGCUUUGGGGUAUUUAUUAGCGGUUAUUUUUACUAGAGCAAUUGCUGAUACAACUUCAAAAUCAUGGAGAGCACAGUUUUGGUUUGCCGCAGGUGUAUCUGUUUUGAUUAUAAUGGCCAGAGUUGUGUUGCCUCAAACGGAUGCGUACCAGAAGAAAAAGUUAGAAGAAACAAUACAAGAGUCUUCAGGUGAGAAAACUCAAUCUUUCGAGAAAAAAGCUGCUAAAGUAUUAAAAUAUUAUUGGCUAAUGUUAGUCUACAUGGUUUUACUCAUGGCUGGAUUCAAUUUUAUGUCUCAUGGUUCCCAAGAUUUAUACCCCACCUUUUUAAAGAAACAAUUAGAAUUCAGUGACGAUAAAUCUACUGUCACAAACUGUGUUGCUAAUUUAGGGGCAAUAUUAGGAGGUAUUGUAAUGGGCCAUUUUUCAAACUUUCUUGGCAGAAGACUUUCUAUUAUUGUUUGUUGUAUUUUAGGAGGUGCCUUAAUUUAUCCUUGGGCGUUCGUUACAAAUGGAGGUGUAAAUGCCGCCGUUUUCUUCUUGCAAUUCGGAGUUCAAGGUGCUUUCGGAGUGAUUCCGAUCCAUUUAAGUGAACUUAGUACCCCUGCCUACGAAUACAGAUCAUUUAUCGUUGGUAUUGCCUAUCAGCUAGGUAAUCUUGCUUCAUCCGCUUCAUCUACCAUAGAGUCUACUAUCGGCGAGAGAUUUCCGUUACCAGAAAAAGGAGAAGAUGUUUUCAAUUAUGGUAAGGUCAUGGCCAUAUUCAUGGGAUGUGUUUUCGGAUAUGUGCUCUUGAUCACAUUUAUAGGACCUGAAAUUAGAAUUGUUAGGUCGCAACAAGAACAGGAAGAUAUAAUUGAAGAGAAUGAAAGUAGAAAAUCGUAUUCAAUAGAUAAAAUUGAGAUAGCUAAAUAG